AUGGAAGGAGAGCACCAGGGAAUUCAACUUCAUCAGUCUGACCAGGAGUUAGACGAAGAGAAGGGCGUAGAGGAGACGCAUAGUGAACCCCACCUGUCUAAAGCCCCGUCAGAUUCCUGCAUGGUUCAAAGGGUUGAUACAAAUUAUCUAUGCUCUCUCGAGGAGGCAAUUAUCAGCCGCAAGCUUCAACUUAUUACGACCAAGGAAAGGGUUGUUAAAGCCAAGCAAAGAGUGGAGGUAAUCACUCAAGAGGCGGAUGAACUGGCUGAACUCCUGAUACGUCAGCUCGACGAUUGA